AAAAAAAAUCAUCAUUUGAGUUCCCAGUUUCAAUGGAAAAACGGGUAUGCGAUUCCUAAAGUGAAAUCAAUUGGUAUUGGAAAAUAUCCUUUGGACGUGGACUCUACUUUAUAUGCUGAGAAAUUAAACGUAACACGUUACAAUCCAACACUUACAUAUGGACGAGCAAAAGACCCUCCUAAACCUAUUGUUCAAUCUAACUUUAUAAAGUUAGAUGGAAAAUGUCUUUCUUUUAAUGGAUAUACAGAAGUCAUAUCGACUGAGAUGAACACAAACAAAGAAAAGUUAAUGAUUCGACGAGUUAAAAUUACAUACUUUUUGGUGGAUGAUACUAUUUGCGUUAUAGAACCUGUUAUAAAGAAUUCCGGUUAUGUCCAAGGAUGUCUUCUGAAACGCGGAAAAAUACCAAAUCCAUAUCACAAGAAUAGAAAUUAUCAUUGGUCAGACUUCAACAAUGGCGUAGAACUAUCGUUUUAUGGCAUUAAAUAUAAGUUGUGCAGUUGCGAUCUGUUCACCAAGAAUUUUUUUUUAACACAAGGCAUCAAAAUCUGUCCCGAUGAACCAAUACCAUACGACCCAUAUAUAAUGAAUAGAAUACGAGAACAAAAGAACAAAUCAAUGAUAACACAAAUGCAAUGUACUAAAAUAGAGGAAGAUGAAAAUAAAAAACUCAAUCAGUUUUUGAAAUACGAUAAAAAAGUUCUAAGGUUCUAUGCGGCUUGGUAUGACGAAGGACUGGAACCUGCAGGAUGGAGGUUCUAUGUACUCUAUUAUUUCUUGGCUAACGAUAAAAUAGAAAUAUAUGAAUCUCAAGGCAUGGGAAGUACAAUUGAAAAAAUUGGAAAUUCACUGUUUUUAGGAAAAAUUAAAUUACCAAAAGAUCGGUUAAACAUACCAGAAAAUUUCCCAAAUAUUUGUUUAGAAGUUGGAGCUAAUGCAAUCCAAAAAUAUUAUCAAGCAAAAGAUUUAAUAAUAGGAAAGACAAUUUUUGUGUUGGGUCGUAGAUUUUUGCUCUACGAUUGUGAUGCGUUUACCAGAAGACAUUAUAAAGAUAUUUUGAAAAUUAAUCAACCAGAUCCUAUCCAAGUUGUAGAACCAAAAGUUUCAAACCUUAAAUGUCACUUGAUUAUACCACCCCAUACGGGUAUUGGUGACCCAGAUGACACAUAUCAGAAUUGUAUAUCUCUAAUACCGAAGCCACCAAAAACUACAGAUUUUGUUACAUACGUGAUGGACUCAUUUAAAAAACUACGAUACAAGUUAAAGAUGGUACCGGUUAUUGAAGUAGAUAGUUAUAGAAAUUUUCUCAUGGAGUAUUGCCUUGGCAAUGAUCAAAUCAGCAUAACUGAAGUGCCAAUGAAGAACAGUGGAUUCUUAAAAGGACGAAUUAUAGCACCUACCCGGCUUCGAAAACCUGGAACUAAAGUAGAAGAAAAUCAGUUUUUCGGCCCAAAAGAUUUUGCUAUCGGUGCUGAACUGCGUAUCAGAGGAAUUACAUAUAAAAUCAUUGAUAUGGACUUGUGGACUUACAAAUAUAUGAUUGAAAAUAAAGAUAAGUUUACUGAAGAGGCUAUUAAUGGAGCGAAACAGUUGUUUGAAACAAAUGGUUUCAAACGAUCAAAAAAAAAUGAAGAUCUCAAAUAGAAUUUUUUAACACAAAAAAUCUUCUAAUCUAAUUAAAACGAUUAGCUCGAAGACGGUCUAUUUUUCUUAAACGUUUACACUAAGUUAUAAUAAAUGUUAUAAUUGAAGGGUCCCGUGCAAGAACCGGCUAUCUCCACUUUUAUUCGAAAUGCACUUUUUUGCAUUUUCUGAUAAAGAAUAAUUUUUAUCAUUUACUUUACGUUAAUUAAUUAUAAUAAUUAAUAAUAAUUAACUGUUUUAA